AUAGAUGUAUUACUCAUUCAUUCUCUGAUUAAUCCACAUUUCAUACAUACAGUUAUAUAUUACACAUAUAAACACGACAUGCCUAUCCUAUCAACAGUGCGACCUUUUACUGACGCAAGCAACGGCAUUUAAAUUUAGACACCACCCGAUAGAACUACAGGAUAGUCAAUAUAUCGGCAAGCCACAUAAUAUUGUUGUAACAAUAAUAGGGUGUGAGCGUAAGCAGACAUACUAGGAAGACAAACCUGCUGUUCUAGUUUAGUUGAAAGACCGCGACAAUUAUAUAUACAUUUGCGACAUUGUGUUAAUUACUAUUGAGUUGGUGUUCGGGUAAUGAGCCGGAAUUAGACAGUUGACCUAUAUAAGAUGGACUCUACACACGCACAGACACAGAUGAUUGUAUCAUUAAAACUUGGCAAUAGAUACAGCACGCCCAAAAGAAUUGCACUGCAUCAUACAUCCCACAUCCCACAUACACGCUGUUUUUGAUUAAGUGAUUUAAAGUACCAUCUAUCCGGAUGUUGUAAUCUACCUAUUAUUUGUAUAUAGACUUGGAAAAUAUAACCGGUAGAUUCGAUUUAAUAACAACUAUGUUAACUCGAACAGAUCAACAUUGUAAAAUAUACAUAUCUGGAGCUAAUUUGAGUACAUAAAUAUAUAUUGUAUAUAUGUCACGAGGUAUUCCGCAGAACUUGUUGAUUAUGUAAAGACAUUGAAUUAUAUACAACAAAUUAUUCGACCUACAUUAGUCAACUAUUUCAGAAUAUUUGUAAUACACUGAUAGUGAGAUAUGCAAAGGGACUUGUUCACGCUGGGAAAACUUCGGAGACCUGGUCAGACAGUUCGGAACUGUUAUUUGCCGUGGUGCUGGUUAUUAGCUGAAAUUUAUAAAAGUUGCUUAAAAGCUCACUGUGGUGUUGUUGUGUCGGUACGUUGGCCUAUAUAUUUCCUUGUUACGGGUAUAUCCAAUGCGAUCCCUACAGCUAGGUAUUACACAUAUACACAUAUACACAUGUACCGAUCAUUUCUGCGGCGUUAACGUUUACUGAAGCAAGUAGAGACAUUUAAAUUUAGAAACCACCCGAUCAAUGCUGAAAGUCGAUAUCAGGCCGAAGCUGUGCAAAUAAUAAGGUGGUUUGGCGAGUGUGUGAGAAUAAGCAAACAUACCAGGAAGAGAAAACUGACAACGAUCAUUUAUAUACAUUUGCUACAUUGUGUACAGUGAUAUAGAAAAUAUGAUUACUCUGCACAGAGGAAGUCCUGGAUAUGAAACAGUAACUAAAGCAAAAAGGACACCAUUACCCUCCGUGUAAUACUUUCAAUACGAAAAGAUAAAAUGGAAAAUAUAAACAUAUUAAAAGCGAAAUCACACAGAAUACUUGAUGAAACAUACAGAGAAAAAAUGGGGGAAUAUAUUGAAUCUUUGAAAAUCUAUGAAGAAGAAAAGAAAUAUGUAAAGCCUCCAAGCAUAGGUCUUCUCAUUUAUGCCAGUGAACACAAUAAACUCGAAGAUCUUGAGUGCUUAUGUUUGCAAAAUAAAUUGCAAGGGAAUUUAGAAACCCUCCUAAAACAUGCGGUAAUGCAUGAUCGCGAGGACAUGGGAGUUUGGUUUCUUCAAAAGGGUGCACAAUUUAAAAACCUGUUCAGACGUUCUUUACAGUAUGUUGCUGUUCUCAAAGGGUAUACAAGAAUUCUUGACGAAAUUUUGAAACAACGUUCAGUAGAUAUCAAUGAUACGGAUGCCAAUGGUGAGACGGUCUUACACCUGGCCUUGACAAAAGACAUUGACAACCCCACAACUUGUAGAAUACUCCUAGAACACGGCGCCAGAACCGAUGUCCCUGAUAGAUACGGCAUUUUGCCAUUGCAUCGCGUGACUAGUACCAGUAUUAAUUCUAAAAUGAUUGAUCUUCUACUGGAUUUCAACGCUGAUAUAGAAGCUUUAGAUAACCAUGGAAAACGACCACUGGAAUAUGCGUUUGAUAGAAAGUUCAACAAGCAGACAGUUGUGUGUCACCUGAUCAGACGGGGAGCAAAGAUUGGAAAAAAGUUUGAAUCAAAUGGGACUUUUCAAUGUGAAUUUACAGUGCCGGUAGAACAUUUACUUACAAUGAUAAAACCAAUUCUGCGUGAAAUACGAAACAGGAGCCCUAAAGCCAAUGUAAAUGAUAUGUCUGUGCUUGACUGUGUAGAUCUGACAGGGGAUGUUGGAGCACUCGUCGAUCUCCUGAAAGAGAACGGGGAUAUAUCUUCGCUGUGUAAAUCCAACAAAGACGCUACAGUUAAACGUUUACUCAGAUAUGUUGAACUGACCGGAAGUCAUCGUCUCCGUCAAUGUAUGCAGGAAAGGAGUCUUUCAAUCCAAGACAAAAGCCCGUCUGAUGUUUAUAGGCCAUGCAAUUCUGGCAAGAGAACAAUUGCAAAAUCAUUGUCAGAUUCUUCUCUGUUGAAGACAAAAUGUGAAGAUCAGCCAAUUCUAAUUUGUGAAGAAGGCGAAGCAAAACAACAUAUGGCCAUUCUUCAUUUUGAAGCAUUGGAUGGUUAUGGAUUUGUUUUGGCAAGGAGAGACACUAAAUGGUUAGAAAAAGUAUGCGUAGAUCCCGAUGCCAUAGACGUGGUAGUGAUUGUAUCGCCCUCUCAAGACGAGGAGUCUAUUCAGGAAGUAUUCACACUAGCUGCACAGCACCUUAUAAACGCAGCCCAUGGAAUUCCAAGGGAAGACCCAUUUAAACUCAUUCACAUUCCCACAAGCAAUUUUCUCGCAGACCCAUCGUUACCAAACAGAAUUCGUUCCGAUCAGCAGUUUUUGAAACUUAGUCGGAAGAAGCAUCCGUAUGAUUUCCUGCCACUCCAUCAUGUAGUUCUUCACGAAAGUAGUACUGUACUGCAAAAAACGUUGAUCAACAGUGAACCAGAAGACGUAAAUGCUGAGGAUGAAGUUGGGUGGACGGCAUUGCAUCUUGCAAUUCUUUUAGGAGAAACCGAAAUGGUAAAAAUGCUGCUGGACCACGAAGCUGAUGCUGCAUCCCGUCCGGCACACUGUCUUCCUGCCUUUGUCUGUACAGAGUGGAAAGGAAACUCGCUCAUGCAUUUGUCACCGCUCAGUCUUUCUGUGUGCCUCAACAUGAAAACCGUAGUGCAGUUACUUACUGAAAAAACCCCAGGAAAUCCAUACUUGGACAUUUGCAUUCAAAUGUCAUAUGGAAUGAAAACGGAGUCCACGCUGCUUGAAUCAGUCUGUAGAGAAGCAGAAAGCAGAUAUCAAGACAUUGGUGCUCGCUUUAAGCCGACAUACACAGUACACAAGAAUCAACCGAUUGAACGAGUUUGCCUUGGAUUUUCGGAAUAUGUUGAUGAUAUUGAGAAGAAAAAAGACAUACAUGGCGUAAGUGUUGUCAUCAUAAACACGGAUAUAUCUCCAGAGAGCAACUGGAUAGAGAAAACUGAAAUUACAGAAAAUGAGGAAGUCAUUUGUAAGUCUGUUAUUGACUUAUGGGCUGACUACCUUUGGGAUCAGCAUCCGAAUUUAAAUGCAAUAACUGCUGGAAGCAUAGCAAGUGUAAAAUGUCCGGAAGCCAAAUCUACAGGACACAUCAUUCUACACUGUUCACACAAAGGAUACGUUCCCCACGAGAGCAACUGCUUUCCAACCGAAUUAAAAUGUGGGAAAGGAACAAUUCCUGUUGCAGUACUUGAGGGGGAAUUCAAUUCUGGCGCCCUUGGAGGUAGUAACUCUGAUAACCAAGGAGAGCGAGAAUCCACCACCUGUGUUUGUGCUGCAUCUGCCAACAAUCCAACGAACAGAUAUCCAAUGGAAACAGAAGAACAUCUUCCGUUGAAAAUAGGAAUGCAAUUAUGUAAAUCAUAUUCCGCUGCCAUCACAGCUCAUGAAGGAACACUCGGGGCAUUCGUAGAACUGGGCAACGGUAAAACUGGGUUCAUAACAUGUGCUCAUCUGUUCUAUAAGCAGGCUAUAUCCGAAGGAACACAGCCCAUACACUUCAGUUGUUCACAACAAGGAUGUGGUGCUGACGUCAUUGCUCCUUUUGACCACUUUGUGGAAAAUGGCUUAAGAGGAGUAAGGGAUAUGGAAAUCGACGAUGACCGAGUAGGUGAUCCCGUAGGUGAAGUUGAUGGCAAUGUCGAAAAUGGAAGAAAUGUCUACUGGGAGUGUGGUAAAGUCGUCCGAGCUAUAUUUGACCCCACGUUAGAAACCGGCAUAGAUGCAGCAAUCGUGGAAAUUGACCAAUACAGAGCACCAAGGGAUGGUUCCUUUGAUGACAUAAAACAUCUUCAUCUCCGAAGAGCAAAAAUGGACUUGACACAUCCACCAACAUAUGCUUCCGGAAAAAAAGCAGAUAAACCCUAUUUUGAUUCAAUCUCAAAGGAUCGCCCAAUUAGAUGCAUGAAGCUGGGAGCCAGUUCUGGGUUGUCUGUUGGUAUUCUGACAUGGAAGGAUGGUCAGAUAAGAAUUACGGACUCUCCACCUCUUGGGAUUGAAAAAGAUUCUAUUCACAAAUAUAUCAUGAAGGGACAACUUGUCAUAAGUGAAUACAACAGCAAACAAUUUUUUGAAUGUGGUGAUUCUGGUUCAGCAGUGUUUGUCAUGAAAAGAGACGGCCAGUAUUAUUAUCCAGAUGCUUGUUUAGGAAUAGCUAUUGGGUUUCUUGACAAGAAAACUUUUGUUACUCCCAUAGGUAACAUUCUUGAUGAGCUGAAAACAGCCAACACACCAGAACUCGACCUUAAAAAGUUUGAAUAACAAUUUAAACUCCUCACACAGUAUAUUGAAAAACACGGACGACUACAUUGUGACGAACUGUGUAAAUGUGUGAUACUCACGGAAACUUAACAUGCAGAACGUUCAUAAGUGUCUUAGGUAUUUGAACUAUAUGAAAACAAAGACUGACAAAACAGAUAAGAGAUGCUAGCAUUUAGUGUCAAUGCUGUGAAAACUUAAAUCGAAACAGCAGGUAUUCUUUACCACCAACAAAAAAGCUAAAAACCGAGAAGGACCGUGGAAACUUAUCUGAUCUUUUAUAAACAGAACCUUGUUGUUUUGAUGUAUGUUACUAUCGUUACGUAAAACAGAAUGCACACAUUUUUACUGAGUUUGUAUGUUCGUUGUAAAUAUUCCAUUUAUGUUACAUUUGUAAUUGCUAUAUUUUAUAUGAAAGCUAGUUAUUUCUCCCUCCCUUCACAGGUGAAUCUCCCGUUUUAGCCGGGAAAGAUCAGCGUGUCACCCCCUAGGGGGAGAUAGCCUCGUGCCGAUUAGCACGUGUACAAUUGUGACGCCAUUGAAAUGCGUCACCGGUAAUUGUGACGUCAUCAAAAGUGAAUGACGAUAUUCAUACCCCAUUUGCUUUUUUGUUUACAA